AUGGCAUUUGAUGGGGACCAUGCUCUGUCAGGCCUAGGUGGACGUUGCAAUGCCAGUGGGACGACUUCUGGGAAUACCAAACCCUGUUUGGCAGCUGCUGACACCAAGGUCUUCGCCACUUUGGAGCUGCAGCAGGCUGCCUGGAGCCGGGGGUGUGAAAGCCGGGCUGUUGGGCCAGACCAGGGAUCCCCUCUCGGACUCCCACACAGAGAUGGAGCACCCAGCAGGGCCCGAGAGUCCGGGUUUAACCAUAUUUGUGUCAGUGAGAUGGUGGGAGGAGGACAAGGCUGGCCAUGCUGGCGCUGGCAGGGCAGAGUGCCCCUCACCCAGCCCUGCCCGCUCACUGCCACCUGGGCCAAAUCACGUCUUGAUGAAGGAACAGGAGCUUGGCUCCCACCGGCAGGUCUCUUCCUUGCACACACACACCCCUGUGUGAUUUUGGAGCCUGUUUUGAGACUCUCAGGUUUGCCGUGGCUGAAGAAAAGUUACAUUUCCGCUUACCAGUGCUCUGCCUUUCCCAGGAGUGGCGAGAGCUGGGUGGUGCCACCAUGGCACCGGGACGGCCGGAGCUGGGGCCUGGCAGGGCAGUGUCUGCGCCUGUGUUCUUGUAGUCAUUCCGCUGACCGUGGGCUCAAUGAGCACAUCCAGGCUCCUUAUGAAAAACAGCUCUGCCAGCUGAAUGGCAGGAAGCUUAUGAGUUUAUUUGCCAGACUUCUCUGGACGUUGUUUGUCAGGUUCAACUCCAGCCAUGGCUUCCCGGUGGAGGUUGGUUCGGACGCCAGCAUCCUCCAGCUGAAGGAGGCGGUUGCCCAGCGACAGGGAGUUCCAGCUGACCAGCUGCGGGUGAUUUUCGCAGGGAGGGAGCUCAGCAAUGACUUGACACUGCAGAGUUGUGACCUGGGCCAGCAGAGUAUCGUUCAUAUUGUUCAGAGUCCACAGAAGAGCAGUCAGAACAAAGAUGAGACAGAAGAUAACCAUGCUGGAGGUAUUCUAAAGACCUUGGAAAGAGAACCUGAAAGUCUAACUCGUGUAGAUCUCAGCACCAGCAUCCUCCCGUCACUCUCUGCAGGGCUGGCUGUUAUUCUGGAUACUACAAAAAACAGCAUUUCUCUUCCCUCUGAAAAAUCAGGUGCAGCUACCUACAACAGUUUUUAUGUUUUUUGCAAAAAUUUCUGCCAAGCUGUGAAACCUGGGAAACUGAGGGUCCGCUGCAUUGAGUGUAAACAAGGAACACUGACAUUGGCACGGGGCCCAUCUUGCUGGGACGAUGUGCUGAUUCCUAACAGAAUAAGAGGGGUUUGCCAGUCCCCAGGGUGCAACGGGAGCAUAGCGGAGUUUUACUUUAAAUGUGGAGCACACCCAACCACUGACAGUGAAACAUCUGUGGCUUUGAACCUCGUUACAGCAAACAGUCGCUCUAUCACGUGUAUAACAUGCACAGAUACCAGGAGCCCUGUGCUUGUGUUCCAGUGUGUGCACCGUCACGUCAUUUGCCUCGACUGUUUCCACUUGUACUGUGUGACUAUGCUGAAUGACCGUCAGUUCAUCCAUGACCCGGAGCUGGGCUAUUCCCUCCCUUGCGUAGCUGGCUGUCCAGACUCCUUGAUUAAAGAGCUUCAUCACUUCAGGAUUCUGGGAGAAGAACAGUACAACCGGUACCAGCGCUAUGGGGCCGAGGAGUGCGUGCUGCAGAUGGGAGGAGUCCUGUGUCCAACUCCCGGCUGUGGAGCGGGUUUGCUGCCUGAACCAGGAGUGAGGAAAAUUGUGUGUGAACCAGGCAACGGAAUAGGCUGUGGGUUUGUGUUCUGCCGUGAAUGUAAAGAAGAAUACCAUGAAGGGGAAUGCAGCUCUCUCCUCAGCACGCAGGGAGCCACGGCCCAGAAGGGAUACGUAGUUGAUGAACAUGCAGCCAUGCAAGCUCGAUGGGAAGAGGCAUCUAGAGAAACAAUCAAGAAGACAACCAAGCCAUGCCCCAACUGCAAUAUUCCAGUAGAAAAAAAUGGUGGCUGCAUGCACAUGAAAUGUCCUCGCCCUCAGUGCAGAUUUGAGUGGUGCUGGAACUGUGGCCUGGAGUGGAACAGAACCUGCAUGGGAGAUCACUGGUUUGAAUAGUGGGCUGAGGCCAGCCCAUGUUGCUGCUAAAGCUUGUUUUCAUCAGCCUCAAAUUCUGAACUCCUUGCUUAAACAAAACUCCCAGUGGUUUCAGGGACAUGGAGUUCAGAAGAUGGCCCAGUUUGUUGGUUUUUGCUUUCUUGCAUAUGCAAUCAUACCAAAAUCACACUGAAGUUAUGCCCAGGGGUAUAAAGUAAGUAAAGAAAGUAAUUGUAUUAAUAGACAGACCUGCUCAUUGUGGUACAAAGCAGGGUAAAUGACACCUUGUGCGGUCUGUCAGCACUGAGAGCAGACAGGGUUAUCAAGAGGAACUUAGACUUUUCUAGUGAGGAAUGAAUAACUGCACAAGAGAGCGCAGCCUGCCUCUGUGUGUGUGAGUGCCUGAGCGUGAAGGGGGUGGAGGACGUUCCCUGCAUCAGCUGUUUUUCCUUUGACCACUCCUUUGCUCAUUCAGCACAAUUUUUGAUUUUGAGGCAGUAUUUCUUAACAGCUUUCUUGGCAGAGGGAAGACUGUGGCUCUUCAGUGUUUUCUCAGGGCUCCUUCCUAACAGGCUUUCUGUGUGGGUCUUGCUUCCAAACCAAAUUCUCACAGAAACACCCAGCUUUCUGCCACAUUUAUGCUUGUGUAUUUGUAACAUAUGACACGAAACCUGCCUACGUGCUCAUUAUAGGCUUUACCAUUGGAAGAUUAGCUGGGGAUGCAGUUUCAGCUCUAGCGUGACUGUUGUUGCAGUGGUGACUGGAUCCAAUUAAGUGUUGUGCAAGCUCAACUCACAGGACGUCAUUUCUCUUGUGCUUACAGCAAUACUUUGGACAUGGCAAAGGGAGGCAGGAGAAGACUUCUCAAGGGUUUUCUCUAUCAUCAUUCUCCUAAAUGGAAUUAGAAUAUGGAUACAUUUCUGACAACUCAAACAGUGUAGGGCAGAGGGACAUCUUUCAUUUUUCAAUGUUAACACAGUAAGUAAAGCUCACUAGCAUUCCCAAGCUUGAACAAUCUUACUUUUUGGCGUGCUUUACAUUGCUGUUUUAUUCUGAAAUGAAAUGGGUACUGUCCACAAUCAAUACGCCAUGUAAGGAUUUGCACAAUUCAGUUUUGGAAAAAAAACGCACAAUAAAUACAAUUAUCAAAAUUU